GUGGCGACGCGAUCGCCGUGAUGAGGGACUGUCACGGGCGGCUGCACUGGUGGUGCGCGAGAAGGCCCUUCGCGCCAAAUCACGAGCACUGGCGGGUGUGCGACAGCCUCGGGGCGCACUUGCCCAGCAUGGGCGAGACGGUGCAGGCCGCCACGCUGCUUCGGAUGCCGCUCGACACCAUCGCUCAAUGCGAGGUAGCGCUGCAGGAGGGGAGCUGGGCCAGGCACGCGCCUCCGCUUGGCGCGGCGGGCGGACCGCCUCGCCCUUCCUCGGCCGCUGUCGCCUCCACGCGCGGGGGCCGGGUCGCCCGUGCGCACGACCACCUGUUGACAGGCGGUGCGACGCCGGUCGGGGGCGAGGCCACCCCCUUCACGCCCGUCUGCUUCGUGAAGGCCGACACGCUGCUGCAGGAACUGGGCGUCGGCGGCCUUGCGGGCCUUGGGGCCCCUGCGGGGGAUUGCUGCCCCGCGGAUGGCGACGCUGCUACCGCGCGGGACACCGCUGCCGCGCUGGACGUGGAUUGUCCCGUCGUCGAGGCGAGCUCGGACGUAGAGGUCGAGUGCGUUGCCACCCCGACCGCCCAGCCGAAGGAGCAGCAGGAGGUCGGCUCGGUGCUGGAGUUCGAUGCCGUGGAAUGCCUCGGGGGUGCCCGCCGAGCUGGUCCAGCGCUCGCCACCGAGGAGCCUGCCGAGCUGGUCCAGGCGGACACCUCCGAGGCACCCGCCGAGUUGGUCCAGGCGGACACCAUCGAGGAGCCCGCCGAGCUGGUCCCGGCGGACACCACCGUGGAGCCCGCCGAGCUGGGCCAGGCGGGCGCCACCGAGGAACCCGCCGAGCU